AUGGCUGGGGUGGCACGCUGGAAUUAUCAGCGGCUGGUGGACCUGAAGCAGCCUGGGGUCAUCCUACCUGAAGUGUUUGACCCUGUGUUAAUGAUGAAUUUAAACAGUGCCUCUGUGAGCGUGACAGGACAGCCCAAAUAUCCAGCCUUGCAUAUAUCCAGCAGGGACACAGGAGAGCGGUUUGGCUUACGGAAGUCAGCCUUAGGAGAUGUGGAGAUUCCAGAAGAGUCUUCAUCUAGCUUUGAAUCCUCAAUUCCAUCUAAGGAAUGUUUGGAUGAUUCCUCUUCUGCUGAGACCCCUCUUGCUGCAGAACCAGAGGCCAGCCCACAGACUGUCAUCUUUCAUCAGUUUUCCAGUCCAAGUCCUGUGACAGUAAAGGAACAAAAGUCUGACGAAUUUCUGUUAGAUGCAGAACUGCUGAGCACACCACCACUGCCUAUGGUUGCUUCUCCCCAUGCAGCUCGCAUUGGACCCAUAAAGACAGGUCGUCGAGUCUUUGUGUUGGACCACAACAGAUGGACGGAUCCAGUGAGAAAGGCCAUUGAUGGUCUCCUGGCCAAGCACCACGGGAGCAAGGAUCUCCUUAAAAGGGUGAAUGCUGAUUAUGCUGCUAUGGUACAGAGUGCCUGCACUGACCCCAACAGCCUUCUGCACUCAACCACAAAACAACACAUAAACAAUUACAUAAAACACCUUGCUAAAAAAAAACCCAGAAAUGUCUCUCUCAACACCAGCCCAGAAAAGCUCCUGGAGACACAACAGUUAUGGCAGCGUCUUAACUCAUGCAGUGAAACCAUCAGUGUCCCAGUGACGAUACUGCCACCCGCUCAGUUCAAUCCACCUGCAAAGAGUGUUCCUGAAGACGUCCCUCUGACACAGGCAGCAGUUGAGAAGAUGGUUAAAGACAUCCUAGAGAAGCAGCAGGCAGCCCUGCAACAACAACAGCAGCAGCAGCAGACACCAAAAAAACAAAUUAGAUCCUGUUUAGCUUGUGGUCAGCCAAAGUCUCGUUAUCUGGGUGAUGGCUCCUCAGUGCAUUUCUUUUAUCAGGCUGGUGAUGUUAAAUACUUCUACUGCUCCAGGAAAGUCUUUGAGGCAUACUCUGCAGAGGGCCCGACCAACCCCAGGAUGCCAUUUGAAGAUUUUGCAGACACUCCCUUCUUUCAGCGGGAGCUUGAGGCCGCUAAGCAGAAGGGGGCAGAGAGGAAGAGGGUGAUUGAAGAGAGAGGCAAGAGGAAAUCAUUAGUGGAGCAUCCUUCUAGUCGUCUGUGCAGGUUCUGCCACCAGCCAAUAAAACAAGGACCCAAUAGCCCUCAUAUCCACACUGGUUUCCCUGGAGUGGCAGGCAAAUACAUUUACAGUCCUUCUAAAGUGCUCUCCCUGUAUCAAGUACAGGGAAUGAAUGCAGAGAUGGCAUGGGCAGAGUUUCAGCGGUCCCCAUUCUAUGAGGCUGAGAGGGAGAGGUGGAUUGUUGAAAAGAGAAAAUAACUUUGUUGUGAAACACAGUAUUUAAGGUCUGUGCAUGGCAUGUCUGAUUCCAAGCCAAGCACAAGCUUGGAUUUUGGUAAAUAGUUACAAAGCCACAAACACUGUGUAAUACUGUUGUCCACGAAUCUCAUUCUAUUUGUUCUGCUCUCUCUCUCUCUCUCUCUCUACCAUUGUGGAAUUGUGUACAGACUUUGUAUUUUUUUUUAUUAUUUGUCUGGUGUAUUCGUAAAUAUGUUUUAUCUUGCUUGUAUUUGUAAAUGUUUUAAAACUCUUAGUCCUCAUUUGCAAUACAUUUUCAAAAACUUACUAUAACACACUCUGCAUAUAUUAUUUAGAAAGUUAUUUUAAUUUUGACAAACUGUGAAUUUCAUGUUCUCCUUUAACAGUUAAUUUUACACACUGAAUGUGUAUCAAAAUAGUAAAUGUUGACAAUGCCUCUUU